AUGACUAGUAUUAAAUUACCUGAGCCAUUUGCCAGGAUUCCCAGGCAAGACUUCUUGUUUGGACCCUCUCCCAUUCAGGCGUUACCCCGCAUAUCGGCAGCACUCGGCAACAAGGUCAAUGUCUAUGCCAAACGGGAGGACUGCAAUUCCGGCUUCGCCUAUGGAGGAAACAAGACCCGAAAGCUAGAAUAUCUGGCGGCCGAAGCCUUGGCGCAGGGUUGCGAUACCCUUGUAUCCAUCGGCGGCAUCCAGUCAAACCAUACCAGGCAGGUGUCUGCGGUUGCCGCUCACCUCGGACUAAAGGCCGCUACCAUCCAAGAGCACUGGGUCGACUGGCGGGACCGGGGCUACGAAAAGGUCGGCAAUAUUCAGCUGUCCCGGCUCAUGGGCGCCGACGUGCGGCUCGACGCCUCUGCGUUUGGCAUAGAGCACAAGACAACCCUGGCGAACCUCCAGGCCGAGAUCGAAGCGGCUGGAGGCAAGCCGUACUACAUCCCCGCCGGCGCGUCCGACCACCCGCUGGGCGGGCUGGGAUUUGCGCGAUGGGCUUUCGAGGUGGAAGCCCAAGAAAAAGCCAUGGGUGUCUUCUUCGACACCAUCAUUGUCUGCGCCGUGACGGGCUCGACCAUGGCCGGCAUGGUGGCGGGCUUUAAGCUGUGCCAGGCAGCGUGCGGAUCGCGCCCGCGGCGGAUCGUGGGCAUUGAUGCGUCAGGCAAGCCCCGGCAGACGUUUGAUCAGGUGCUGCGCAUCGCCAAAUUCACGGCGGCCAAGAUUGGGCUGAGCGAGGACGAUAUUACGGACGCUGACAUUGUCCUCGACGAGCGGUAUCAUGCUGGCAUCUAUGGCAUUCCCGACGAGACGACCAUUGCGGCUAUAAAGUUUGGCGCUCAGACGGAGGCCUUCAUCACGGACCCCGUAUACGAAGGCAAAAGCCUUGCAGGCAUGAUGGACAUGAUUAGGAAAGGAGAGAUUUCGAGAGGUAACGUGCUGUACGCUCAUUUGGGAGGGCAGCUGGCGCUGAAUGCGUACACUGAGAUGUAG